GAGCUUGAGGUGGAGGGGGCCGGUCCGGAGGCUGGCGCUCAUGCCGCACCGUCGCCGUCGCCUACCGGGACGUUUGAGAGCGACAUCCCCAUGCGGGGGGCGGAGCAGGCAGCGGCGUCCCUGGGAGGCGGAGCCGCGGCGGCGUCGGAGGCUCUGGCUCUGGCCUCGCCGCCGGUCGGCGGCCCUCACUGCGGCGGCCGCAUCCGGAAAACCACCACGCGGCGCCCAGAGGUGUGCCGCAGCUGCCGCACCGUCCUCCAGGCCCGGCCUGGCCAGCGGGGACGCAACGGCCAGACGGGCCGUUUGGUCGCCUGCACACUGUACCGGUGCGAUGGCUGCCGCCGGGUGCUGUGCUCUGGAUGCCAUUCGGAAUGUGUCCGCACAGGCACGUAUCCCGUCUGCGCACCGCCUGGCGCCGACGUCGUGGCGGAAGACUUCCGCAUCAUCAUUGGGCUCCCAGACCCGCAGGCGGCCUUGCAGUGCCUGGAGGCCGGCCCUGGUGCGGCAGCAGGUCCGCCCGGUGAGGCCAUCGCCGCCGUCCCUGCCAUGGUCGAUGGCGCUGCCUUCCGAGCGGCGCUCGGACGCGUUGCAGCCCAGCCUACCCCGGGCACGCUGGAGCGGGUGCCCGCCGAGAUCCUGAGCCGCGCGGCGCUGGUCUGCCGGGAUGCUCUCCGCGGUCUUGCCGAGGCGUACGCGGGGGUGAGCAGUCUGGCGGUGCUCGCGGGGGCGCUGAUCCUGCGGAUCGCGCAGACGCUGCUGGGCAAGAUCCUGGGCGCGAUCCGCGUGGACCUCGCGGAGCUUGGGCGGCGGCGGGAGCUUGUCGAGCUGUACGAAAACGAGUCUCGGAAGCGGGAAAAGAGAUCGGCCACCCGCAUUCGUGCGGCUGAUCGGCCGCCAGCGUCCGACACGGACGAACGCCACAAGCGGGUCAUCGCCAUAGUGGAGGAGAAGGGCAUCAAUCGGGCCAUUGGCGUGCUGCUCGACGCGCUGCGGCCUGCCCGCACCCCCGAGCUGGCCGAGGAGAUGCGGCGCCUCGUGGCCGUGGACACCGACGCCGACGAGCAGGCGGCCAUCGCACGGGCCAUUGCUGGUGCUGCCGCGGAUCGCGCUGCGUGCAUGCCCACCGUGCCCACUAAGAGGCGCGUGCGCCGCGCCGUGCGGGGCCUCCAGCCGUGGGCCGCGCCUGGCCCGAGCGGGUGGCGCAAUUCGCUAGUCAGCGCCAUUUGCGAAGCCGACGGUGGCGAGGAUGCGUUGGCUGGUUUGGCCGCUAUCGCGCUGGGCGGCAGAUGGCUGCCUCAGGAUGGACUGCUGUGGGACGCCGCUAUCCUCGAGCCCGUCGACCAGGGCAUCUGGCCGCCGGCGGCAGCAGGUGAGCCUGCGUCGCGGAAGAUCCGCCCCAUCGGCUUAUGCGAGCCUUUGGUCAAGCUCGCGGAGGCGGUGGGCGUUGAAGCGGCCAUCCAUCGUGCGCGAGGCCGCAUGGAGCCGCAUCAGCUUGGAAACACCCCCGAUGGCAUCCCGAUGCUGGUCCGGCUGCAGCAGCCAAUGCCGGAGGGGGAUCAGCAUGAAGGGAAGGACGUUGAGGCGGAGGUGUCGGCGGGGGAGGGCGUCUCGAUGGACCAGUGCAUCGUCAAGACUGACCUUGAGAACGCCUGCGGCCGUCUCUUCCGCAGCUCCCUGCUGGCCACUGCCCGGCGCCACGUGCCCGACCUCCUGCCCCUCCUCGCCGGCCGUUGGGCCGCCGGGUAUUCCGUCGUGUGGCAGCGUGUCGGAGUCGCCUGGGUGCAGCACACCACGUGGCGGGGCGGCAUCCAGGGCUCCCGCCUCAUGCAGUUGCUGUUCAACCUCGACAUCGCCGAUGCCAUGCGUGGCGUUUGCGGCUGCGACCCGGCGGUAGCGUCGCCGGCGGUGGCACUCGCUGGCGUCGCCGAUGAUUGGUGCAUCGCUGGGGACGCGGGGCCAGUCGGAGCCGAGAUCGAUGCCCUGGAGGGCCGCCUGGCGCGGCGCGGCCACAGGAUGCGCGGCCAUCAGUGCGCAGUCACUUUCCCGGCCUUGGAUGCUUCAGGCGGGGCGCCAUUUGCCGCGGCCCGCAGUCUUUUGGAGCGCAUGGGACGGGAAGUGCAUGGCCUGCUGUUGUUGGGCACUGCGCUUGGGGGCAGCCGGUCGACUACCCUCGCCGGCGCGGUCGCCAUGGAGGGCCCCGCCCUGGCGCGCGCAGCUCAGGCAGAGCAGGUCGGCGAGGCUCUCUGCUGCCUGGCGCGCUCCCGGUGCCAUCGGCGCACGGCGCAGACAGCGUGGGCGAUCUUGGUCCACUCGCCUGCCCGCGAGCUCGACUACGAUAUGCGUUUAUGCGCCAGUGGCGUACUUCGCGUAGCGAGGGCGCGGCUGCAGGCUGCAGUGGUCCAGGUGCUGGAGGUGCUCACAGGGUCUCCGCUCGACGCUGCCGACGUCGAUGCGGUGGGGCUGCCGCCGCGCCUCGGCGGGAUGGGGGUGCGCCUCCCUGCGGGCCCGGAGGCCGCUGCAAGCUACCUCGCGUGCUGGUCCGCCCAUGCGCAGGAUGUCCGGCGCCUCGCUGCAGCCCUCGGGCGCCCGCUGCACCACGAUCCCGACGCCGUGCUUGCCGGCGAGGCUGCGUCGCGGCUGCGGGCGUUUGGGGUCGACUUCACGCCCGGGCUCGGCAUGGCCUUCACCGCGGAGGCGCAGAUCGAGUACGCUAGCGGCCCGUUCGUCGUUGACACUCCCGUGUCGGACGCGUUCAGCUUUGUCGGGGACAUCGACGACUCCUCGCCGGCUCCUUAUGCGGCUCUGGAUUCUUUUCUGGUUCCCGGGCCGCCCGGGCCGCCCGGCGGCGCCUCGGAGCGGCGACCCGAACCGCAGAAUCCCAGCGAAUCCUGUGUUUGCGGCCGUGGCGGGCCGACGCUGGCGGAGGCCGCCCCGGCGCCUCGCGGCGUCGACAGUGGCUCCCUGCUCCUCCAGCGCGAUCUGGAGGGAUCCCGCCGCCGCCUGCUGGGGCGCCUCUUCCGCGGCCUCGACGCCUUGCGGGCCACGAGGCUUUGGCGCAGGAUCGCGGAUGACGACGAGCGCCAGCGGAACCUGCUCUCGCAUGCUGGCCGGAGCAAAGGCACGUUUUGGCUCGCCAUCCUGCGCGCGCGCUGGAUGCAAGCCAGAUCGGCGAUCUGGCAAAUCGCUUUCUUGAGGCGGCUCGGCGUUGCUUUUGCGCCGCCCGCUGCCACCUGCAGGCCGCGGCGUGCCCCUGCUGUCGAGGACGCCGGCGUCGAAGUGCAGGAGUGCGGCGAGACGCUUGGCCGGCGCGCUGCGCGCGCCUUAGCCUGCCCCAGGAGCGCCACGCGGCUGCGGGCCCACUCGGGGGCCGUGCGCGGCCUCGAGGAGGAGCUGCGCUCAGCAGGCGCCGUCGUCGACCUGGAGCGGCGGGUGCCGGAGCUCUACCGGACGCUGCCAGACGGCGCGAUCCAGGAGGCGGUCAUGGACCUCGUCGUCGCGUUCCCUGCCAACGCCGAGCGCUGGUGGCUGGACGUCAACUUCCGGUCGCCGUUCAAUGCCUCGCUCGCCGACGCGGGCCGCGCCCCUGGGGCCGCUGCCGCCGCUGGCGACCGGGCCAAGGCGUCGCGCUACGGCGGGCAGGUGCGCAGCAUCGCCGUCGAGGCGGGCGGUCGCCUCAGCGACGGCGCCGCCGCGGCGCUUGCGUAG